UGACAAAUAACGACAACCAAUAUUAUAAGUGAAGCAUUCCAUUUUCCUGUUAUUGUCUUUGGAUUGGAAAAAGAUGGAGGACAACCCUAGUUCAUCAAGAGUUGACAGAAAAACCAUUGAGAAGAUUAGAAGAAUUCAAAUGAAAGAUCUCUGCAACAAGGUCUACUCACUUCUGCCUCAUCAAACUUCAAAGGAAGCUAUUUCAACGCUGGAUAAGGUAGAGGAAGCAACAAAAUACAUAAAGAAAUUACAGAUCAACUUAGAGAAAAUGAAGGAGAAGAAGAAUUUUCUACUAGGAAUUCAAAGGUCAACAAAUGUGGAUAUGGAUAGAAGCAAGAACUUGGGAUUCAAAUCUCCAAAAAUUGAGAUCCAACAAUUUGAUUUAGUCUUAGAGGUUGUUCUAAUAACAUGUUUGGAUUCUCACUUUUUGUUCAAUGAAACUAUUCGUGUUCUUCAAGAAGAAGGAGUUGAUAUUGUUAAUGCUAGUUAUAAAGUCAAUGAAGAUUCUGUUUUCCAUUCAAUACAUUGCCAGGUAGGAGAAUUUGGUAAUGAAGUUGCAAGGAUAUCUGAGAAAUUGUACUAAUUCAAGCCAAAUAUCUUUUUCAUAAUAAUUUCAACUAAUUUUGUAUCUCCUUCAAGCCAAAUAUCUUUCCAAUCAUUUUCAAGGACUAAUUCAAGGCCUCUUCUAAGGGCAGUGAGUUCAGCAAUUGUACUAUUAGCUUGACCAAUUGAUUCA